GGACCAUGCCCUUGGACCCGUGCAGCCCAGGCCUGUGUGAGUGAUGCUCCCACCAUGACCCAACGUGGAUCUGCACUCUGUGGUCCCCUCUGCUGCAGCGACACUGAGCUGGGAACCACCCCCCCUCACCAUCAGCAGCCAGGGGCAGGAUGCCUCGUGGACUUGAGGGGCCAAGGCUAGAGGUCAGAGAAGAAGUUCGCCUGGCCCCUGGCUGCCAUGGUUCCCUGAGUGGGACACUCUGGUUUUCCCACUUGACAAACAGAGGGGUGCAGUGUGAUGGUUGCCAGCUGACCCUGCCCAGAACAGCCACCACCCUAACCUGGGCCUUGGCCCCACUCCCUCCGCCUGCAUUCACACUGCCCAGCUGCUCCCAUCCCCUUCAGAGCCCUGCCAGAGAGCCCUUCCUGAGGACCCCUCCCCGGCUUGCCUCCUAUGUGGACCUCACAGCAGUGAUCAGGAUCGUUACUCAGUGUUAGCUUUCCUUACUGGGUCCGAUUGUGGCUGUUGUACAGAGGACUCUCUUAACUACAUGGGACAUAUUGUUACUCUCAGGACAUCUGGGCAGAGCCUGUGUGGCCAUGGAAGGUUGGGCUGAGGGCACAGGUGGUGUGAGGCACAUGUGUCAGAGCAGGGAGGUGGAUAGAAGAGAGAGACUUGACAAGGUCCCAAGAAGCGGCUCUGAAAGAGCCGUGCUGACUGUCCCGGGCAGUGACAGAUGUUAACUAGAUGGCCAAGGGUAUGCUGGGCGAGGGAAACCGGGAUGCUUGCUCCAGGGGAGGGUGAAAAAAAACGGGUUAGUGGGAUCUCCUGUUUCAGAAGCCUAUGAAGCAAGUGGUGGAGCAUGUGGUGUCAAACAGCCGUUCUUUUCACAGAAAACGUUAAAAAAAAGGCUGAGACCACAUGGACCAACUUUGUCAGAAAUCUAAAAAACAGAUGUACAGCAACCAAGCCAAUACUGAAUCAAGGAAAAGGCAACUUAACAGUGGUUGGAAGGCUUCGUGUUGUUUUUACUUGCUCAUGCCCCAAACACUCCCUGGGUCAGUGGCAGUUUUGAAGUGAGCAGCCAAUGUUUCCAGAGUGGGGCGCUGGUCCUUGGUUCCAGAGAGAGUAUCCCUGGAAAAGCACAGAUACUUGACAGACUGUAAAUUAACUGUCUUAAUUGUGUUCAAAGAGCUACAGAACAAAACUAAAAGAAACUAGGAAAAUAGUGCAUGAACAAAAUGAGAAUAUCAGUAGAGCUUCUAAAUUUACAUAAUUAUAAAAAUAAAACUUCUAUGUAAUUAUAAAAAUGGAAUCAAGGUUUUAGAGCUGAAAAAUACAAUAGCAAGUGCAAAGUUCACUAGAUUUAGCGGGCAGUCGAAGGAAUCAGCAAACUUGAAGGUGGAACAAUUGGAAUCAUCCGUCUGAUGAGGAUAGAGAAGAAGGUGAAGAAAAGUGAACAGAGCCCAACAGACCUGUGAGAUACCAUCAGGCAAAGCGACACGUGCAACGGGGUCCGAGAGGGAGGGGCGCAAGAGAAGGGCACCGAGAAUAUUUGAAGAUAUGUGGCCAAAACGUCCCAAAUUUGAUGAAAGAGAUGAUGCGACACUUCUAAAAAGCUCAACUAACUUCGAUCUGGAUAAAUUCAAAGAUGUUUGCACCAAAACUCAUUCAGAAAUUAUCCAGUUGUCAAAAGAUGGAGCCUUGGAAACAGCAGAAGAAAAGUGACCAGUCUCAUAUAAGGGACCCUCAGUGAGACUAACAGCCAGUUUCUCAUCAGAACCCACGGAGCUCAGAAAGUAAUCGGAAGACAGUGAAAGUGCUGAGAGAGAAAAAAACUGUCAACAGUAAUUCUCUCAAAAUUAUCCUUCAAAAUGGAGGAGAAAGUAAGGCAUUCCCAGACAGAGAAAGGCUGAGGAUGUGCACUGCCAGGAGACCUGGCCCUACAGGAAGUGCUCAGGGGAGUCCCGCAGGUUAAGAUGGGUGGACACUGGACAGGGGCCCAGAGCCACGUGAGGGAAUAAAGGCUCUCUGCUAAAGCUAACUACAUAGGCAGCUACAAAAGCUAAUAUUGUGUAUUUGGUUUAUAGCUCUACUUUUUAUUUCCUACAUGAUUUAAAAGACAUGCACAAAAGUAACUAAAAAUCUGUCAUUGAACACACAACAUAUAAAGAUGUGUUUGUGACAACAACAUAAAGGCGGGGGCAGAGCUGUGUAGGAGCAGAGUUUUGUAUGCUUUGCAGUUAAGUUGGUAUCAGUUCAAACUUGACAGUUUUAUUCUGAGAUCUAAUAUUCAACAUGGUGACUAUAGUUAAUGAUACUGUAUUGUACACUUGAAAAUUGAUAAGAAUAGAUCUUAAAACUUCUCACCAUGUUAAAAACAUGGCAGCCAUGAGAGGGGAUAGAUAGGUUAACUAACCUUAUGUCAAUAAUCAUUUUGCAAUAUAUACGUACAUCAGAUCAUCACAUUGUACACCUCAAACUUACAUAACGUUACACGUCAGUUAUAUUUCAAUUAAGCUUGGAGGGGGAAAGGGGCUGUGGAGGGGAAAAAACCAACUAGAUUGUUUUAGGAUGUUAGGAUAUUCACUGUAAUCCCUAUGAUACCAUUAAGAAAAUAUCUUUAAAAUAUACACGACAGGAAGAAAGAAGAAAAUCUAGAGGGGACACUACAAAAAAUAAACAACACAAAAGAAGAUAGUAAUAGAGGUGAUGAAGGACAAAACCAGUAAGUAAAUGCUUUAGGCUCUCCAGUCAAAAAGCAUAUAUUGACAGAAAAGAUAUAUUUUUUAGACACGAUUCAACUAUAUAUGCUAUGUAGAAGAGGCUUACUUUAGGUCCAAAGACACAAGUAAGGUUUAAAUUGAAAGGAGAUAAAAGAUAUUCCAUGCAAAUAGUAACCAGAAGAGAACUGUGGUAACUAUAAAACUAUCGGACAAAAUAAACGAAGUCAAAACCUCUUACAAGAGAAGACAUCAUAUAUUGAUAAAAAGAUCAGCUCAUCAAGAAGGUAUAGCAGUUAUAAACAUACACAUUCAGAAAGAAUCCAAAAUAUACGAAGCAAACAGAUUAGAAGGAAGAGAUAGAUAGUUCUAUAAUGAUAGUUGGAGACCUCAGUACCUCAAUUCCAAAAAUGGACAGAACAUCUAGAUAGAAGAUCAAUAAUGAAAUAGCAAACUUGAACAAUAUAAACUAACUAGACCUAAUAGACAUACACUGCUCGAAGGCACAAGAUGCACAUUCUUAUCAAGCACUCAUGGAACAUUCUUCAACAUAGAUCAUAUGUUAGGCCACAAAACAAGUCUCAAUACCUUUAAAAAGGUUGAAAUCAUAUAAUGAUCAUCUCCAACUAAUGACAGCAGGAAAAUUCACAAAUAUGUAGAAAUAAAACAACAUACUCUUAACUAGCGGGUAAACGAAGAAGUCACGAGGGAAAUUAGAAAAAAUCUACAAAACAAAGCCAAAAAAUACCAAAACUUACCGCAUGCAGGGAAGGCAGUGCAAAAGGGGAAAUUUUAAAAAGAUCUUAAAUCGGUAAUCUAAAUUUACAUAUUAAGGAACUACAAAAAGAGGAGGAAACUAAACCCAAAACUAGCAGAAGCAAGGAAAUGAUAAACAUUAGAGCAGAGAUAAGUGAAAUAGAGAGUGGAAAAACAAAAGAGAAUCAACAAAAUCUGACAUCGAUUUUUUUUUUAAAAGAUCAACAAAACUGACAAACCUUUACAUUGACAAAAAUCAGAAGUGAAAAUGGGGACAUGACUCAUCCCUGCAGGAGAAGAAAGGAGCAGUAUGGCCUGGAUGUCACGACUGAAUGAGACAGAGACUCGGGAUCUUCAUUCAAGAGAGAGAUCCAAGGGAACGAGGGUUUCCUUGUCCUUCUGGUGUGACAAGGAGCCUUCAGAAAGACUGAUGCUGCCGCUUAAACACUGUACUGUGGCAAGAAGUCAUUUCAGCUAACAUCUGUCAGAACUGCAGGUUUUAGGGGCAAAGGCGGCUUUGGCGGGACAGGCCACGAUCUCUGAAGUCUCCUGUGUUGAAUGAGACAGAAUCUGAUGUUGCACCAUGUCUCUACCACAAUUCUCAGCCCACAAUGCAGUCGGAACCAGCUUUGCUUCUCCUAAGACAAAGCCCAAAUGCCAUUGAUUAGCACUGAGUGAACAACAGAUGGGCCCAAGAAGGUUCCAUGUAUUGUGGAAAAGAAAAACAGGUACAGUGUUUACCAGUGUAAUACGAGAUAGGGACACCAGGAUUGAGAGCGAGGAUUUUCUUCAGAAGAAAGUUGUUUCUGAUGAUUUGGAGUCACAGGCAGAAAUACCAGAGAACUACACCAGUGAUGUUUCCCAGGAGCCUGAGCUCAAAGAACCAUGUGGUGAUGUGUUAGAAAGAGACCGGGGACUCCCUGGCAACUCAAGAUGGGUGCUGUCCUUCUGCCGAGAGGACUUCACUCCAGAGGCCGCGCUCCUUAAGAGCCCCUUAGGAGAGGGUGGGCUGGACUGGGACGACAUUGAAAGGAGGUUCAGUCUGAGCCCAAACCCAGUGACAUAUCAGGGAUCCCCUGUGGAAGAGAGGCCACAUUCAUACAUGUGUGGCCAGAGUUUUCAGCACAGCGUGGACUUAAGUAGCCAUGAAGGGCUUCACACAGCUGAAGGCCCCUUCAUAUGUAGCGAGUGUGGGAAAACCUUCAGAGGAAACACUGACCUCACUCAACAUCAGACCCUCCACAGUGGACAGAAGCCCUUCGUAUGUGAGAGAUGCGGAAAGGCCUUCCACCAGAACUCAGUCCCUAACACUCAGCAGAGGGCUCGUGUGAGCGAGGAGCCUCGCCAGUGCAGUGACUGCGUGGAGGCCUUCCGUGUGCACUCAGACCUCGUUAGGCAUCGGGGCGCACACAGCGUAGGGAAGCCGUGCAUAUGUGAGGAAUGCGGGAAAGCUUUCCGCCAGAACAUCAGCCUUAAGAAGCACCAGAGGUCUCACAUGAUCGAGAAGCCCUACGAGUGCAGUGACUGUGGGAAGGCCUUCCGGCGGAGCUCAAACCUCAUCCAGCAUCAGAGGAUUCAUUCGGGGGAGAAGCCAUAUGUGUGCAGUGAUUGUGGGAAGGCCUUUCGGCGGAGCUCAAACCUCAUCAAACACCACAGGAUCCACACAGGUGAGAAGCCUUUCGAGUGUAAUGAGUGUGCGAAAGCCUUCAGCCAGAGCUCACACCUGCGGAAGCAUCAGAGGGUUCACACUGGAGAGCGGCCUUAUGAGUGUGAUGAGUGCGGUAAACCAUUCAGCCGGGUAUCCAACCUUAUUAAGCAUCACAGGGUUCACACGGGAGAGAGACCCUAUAAAUGCGACGACUGCGGGAAGGCCUUCAGCCAGAGCUCAAGCCUCAUUCAGCAUCGGAGGAUUCACACCGGAGAGAAGCCCCAUGUGUGUAACGUGUGUGGGAAAGCCUUUAGUUACAGCUCUGUGCUCAGAAAGCACCAGAUCAUCCACACAGGAGAGAAGCCCUAUGAGUGCAGUGUCUGCGGGAAGGCCUUCAGCCACAGCUCGGCUCUCAUUCAGCACCAGGGUGUACACACGGGUGACAAGCCCUAUGAGUGUCGCGAAUGUGGGAAGACAUUUGGCCGCAGCUCCAACCUCAUCCUUCACCAGCGAGUUCAUACUGGAGAGAAGCCCUAUGAAUGUACUGAAUGUGGGAAAACUUUCAGCCAGAGCUCCACUCUCAUUCAGCACCAAAGAAUCCAUAAUGGAUUGAAACCCCAUGAGUGUAACCAGUGUGGGAAAGCCUUCAACCGAAGCUCAAACCUCAUCCACCAUCAGAAAGUUCACACUGGAGAGAAGCCGUACACAUGUGUUGAGUGUGGUAAGGGCUUCAGCCAGAGCUCACACCUUAUUCAGCAUCAGAUCAUCCACACAGGCGAGAGACCCUAUAAGUGCAGUGAGUGUGGGAAAGCCUUCAGCCAGCGCUCAGUCCUCAUUCAGCACCAGAAGACGCACACCGGAGAGAAGCCUUAUGACUGCACCGCUUGUGGGAAGGCCUUCAGCCAGCGGUCAAAGCUGGUCAAGCACCAGCUGACCCACACUAGGCCAUGAGACUGAGUGCGGCUCCUCUCUCACUCUUCUGGCCAUCUCCCUGGCUCGAAGCCGGGUGCACAGCCUUCCACCCCACAACCUGCCUUCCACGGAGCCUCGGGUCCUUUGAGGUGUCCUUCACAGGUUCUCUCCCAUUCCUCCUGCUGCCAUUGCUCCCACCUCAUGUGAUCGCUUGUUUUUUGUUUUGUUUUACCAGUCUGCCAUAUUUGUUAGGAAGAGAAAGAUGAUAGUUGCUGCAUAUUCAUGAAUAGAGUUUAUUACUGUGAUCAGACAUAACCAAAAAAGCACACUGAUGUUUGGUUUGAGAUUACUAGAGCAAUUCUCUUGCUCAAUGACUAGUCGUAAGGAGAGAGUUCGUUGAUAGUGGCAGUAAUUCAUGUUGCUUAUGUAAAAUCAGGUUGAGAGUUUUUCAGGUCUUAUUGCUGUCACCUUCCCCCAGCGUGGUGUGUAUUCACUACCACCAGUCCUUCAGCAUUUCCUGUCCAUUUUGUAAGUGGACACGAGUCUCGCGCUGCUCCCUUUGUGCCCAUCUGUAAUCUGGCACCAUGCUUUCUCCUCAGUUCCGCUGUGACUCAGCCCUGCUCAGGGCUGCUACAUGAUUGUACGUGAGCCUCUUUCCCAACCUCCAGUUGCAUGCCUCACGGUCUUGGCUGUCCCCAGAGUCCAGCUCUCUCGUUGCCCCUCCUGUUCUCCCUGCAUGAUCCCAGGCUAGGGUGUUUUCCCAGGUCCAUUCAUUACAAGACAUUUAUGAGCCAACUGCUACAGGUGCCUGUAGAAGGUGGGGACUGUCUAUCUUGUUGUGUCUAUGCUCCCUGAGCAGGGAGAAUUUGGCCCAGAAGCAACACAUCAGCCCCCGGGAGGCCCCUAGUUGCCAGCCAGCAGGUCUCAACCUGGGGUGUCGUAGGGUGGAUGGAUGGAAAGGACCCUUCUACAUUGUUCCAAGAGGAAAGGGGACGGUGCACAGAUGUGGUCAGGUUUGUAGUUGCAUUGGGAAGAUAAGGGAUUAGACUCUGUGUUCAAGGAAGUGGAGGCAAGGCCACGACUGCGAAUGAGGAGAGGGGCUGUGGGACAUUCGCAAAAGUCAGUCCCAUGGGCUUGGGCCACAAAGGGCUGCCUACUCUCCUCUCAGAGACCAACAGCACUAGCCUGCCACCACUCACCCACAGAGGCAUCAGCAGAUUUCUUCACCCCUUCCCCUUCACAUCAGGCACCAUUCCCAAGCUAGCACCCUAAAAAAGAAACUGCCACCUCUGCAGAUGUCGUGACGACAUGUCCUGUUAUCUUCCAACUUACUGUCUUCCAUGGAGACCUCCAAUCUGUUGACCAUCUCGCUGCCUCACUCUGAGCCCUGCUGUGACUUCACAUUUCUCCUCGUCCGUCCUGGAUUCGAUCGCUGCUUUUUUUAGUGAAUGCUGCUGGAUGCUUACUAUAUGCCACUGAGGAUACAGCAAGAAACAAGCCAGACAAAAAUGCCUGCCCCCAAGGAGUCACAUUCUAGGGGGCAGAGAAAGUGAUCUAAUGGUUAUUGCUAUGAAACAAACAAAGCAGAAAAUGGGGUCUGGGCGUUUUGAGGGGUUCGGUUGUAAACAAGUAGUCAGAGAAGGCCUCACUUAGAAGUCCUUCGAGCAACAACUUGAAGCAUACUGAGACUGAGCAAUUACCUCGCAGGCGGGGAUGUCGGGAAGAGCCAGUACAAAAGCCCUGAGCAUAAGUGGCCUAGACUUUUCCAGGGUCAUGGAGAAAGCAAAAGGUGAAGCAGGUGAGGUGAGAGCAAUGGGGAGGGGGUGGUCAUGCCUUCAAGGGUGUUGUAGUCAUGACAAGGGUGAAUUGGGGACAUGACGGAGGGUUUGAACUGAUUUCCAUUUUAACGAGGUCAUAUGCUGGGUGGAGAUGAGACUAAGCACUUAAUAAAUACUGUGCUUGCUGAAGCAGAGGGACAGAAUUGGUGGCAGAGAUAGGCACAAAAAAAAAAAGCUGUGCUGAGGAAAAUACUAGUUGAAGCCGAGGGAGCGGCUCACAGGUGCUCAUUGCAUGGUUCUUUCAACCUUUACAGAUGGAUGAACAUUUGCAAACUAAAGAGUUGUGGAGAAGCAAAGAAAGAUAUGCUGAGAAGGUCCUAGAAGCAUCAUUUUUCUGUUGGGACCAAGGUCGCUGGGACAGCUCACUCUUGGUUGUUAAAUGUAAACUGAGGAAUAUUAAAAUUUUUUGACUUACUUUA